AUGUCAUUAAGCUCGUCUGUAAACACUAUGGACUUUGUAAAAUUACGAAUGAGGAGCCCGAUGAUGUUCAAAAGAAAGAUGAAGAAUAGCCAAAAGAUUGGAUGUGGAUGUUAUAUUAGAAAAAUUGGCGUCUGGUACAUUCACAGCUGGAAGACUGAGCGCAACCACCCCAUCCCCAAAAUCAGAGAUAUCUAUGCAAAGUAUCGUGUCCAGCCUGGAGCUGUUGAGACGAAAAUCAAAACUCUUUUUGAAUCUGGAUUGAAUUAUCAGGCUGCAUUCAAUGCUCUCCAGGCCGAAGGAAUUGAUAACGUGAUAAAGAAGGACUUGGAGAACAUGUACGAUCGUGUGGUGAAGUCAAAGAAUGACAAGACGUAUGACCACAAUUAUUGGACUUCAAGAGAAAAACUACAUAGUCAACUACACCAUCAAUGA